AUGGAAAGCUGGGCGUUGAGCGCUGACGGGCAAAUCAAGUCUCAGCUGCAUUCACUGCUGCAGGAGUUCAGUUUUUUUCGUAACUUGGAGGCGAAGAUUCAGGAGCGUUUGCCAUCGCUAUUGUCCUUCGGAAGGGCUGAGGCUGGCACGGUCUUGUUCUAUGAGGGCGAUGCGCCGCGACUGUGCUACAUCAUCUUGUCGGGCGAGGUGACCAUCUGGAAGUCUCAACGGAAGGAUGACUUGUCGCCGAGGUCGAUGAAAGAGAAGUACAGCCGAGCAAACUCAAACAAGAUGCCUCCAGAUGCCACGGGCGGUCCUUCCGAGGAUGCUCCAGAGGACGAGGAGGAGGAAGAGGAGACCUUGGGCACAGCAUCCCGUGAAGCCAUGGCGAUGUGUGCCCUGCUGGCGGCGGUGGAGGGAAUGCCAGAUCUCCCCGACUGCCGUGGGACAGCUCAAGAAGAGCAACAUGGCAUGGCCCUGGCCACGCUGGGCCCUGGCAGGCUGCUGGGCGAGCUGGCGAUCGUCGAUGACCGAACUCGCAUGGCAACGGCUGUUUGCCAGACCGCAUGCAAGUUCCUGACGAUGGAGCGGACGGAUUUUCUAAACUGCCAGUGUGCUCUCAUCGACGACCUGGACGACAGGUUGGCCUUCCUCAGAGUGGCAGCGCCUCCACUGCGAAGCUUAUCGAAAGAAGCCGAGCAUGCAGCCUUGUAUUGCUUCGAGGAGCAGAACUUCGCUUUAAAUCACGUGUUCUUCCAAGAGGGCGGUGCAGGAGAUGGUUCCAUUUAUUUCAUUCGCAGCGGAGCCGUGGAGCUCCUGUGCAGGGAAUCGGGCACCCGCAAGGCGGUCCCGCGGGCGGGGCUGCACCGGAUGUGCCUCCUCCAGGAGGGCGCCUGUUUUGCAUCAUCCUUUACCAAAGUCGAAGAAGAGUUCACGGCAGCUGUGGCCUCCACACCUUGCAAGGUCUAUCGAAUACGCCGGGCGAAGAUGCGGCACUUGCCGUAUUCAUUUCGACAGGGCUUCGAGUCAUUUGUGGAGAAGGUUAUGAGCAGCCGACUACAUCUUUGCAAAGGUGUCCCACCAGAGCACCCGCUGGUGACAGCCAUUCUGGAUCCACCGAAGAAGCGAGCGCAGCCGCCGAGCAGCGUGCUGGAGAAGACCUCCCGGCCCCUCCUUGGAAAGAUGCGCAGCCUCAAGGUGCAAAGUUUGCCGGAUCUUCACGGGAAGUCAGCUCCUGGAAGGGCGAAGAAGCAGGAUCGCUUGCAAGCGAGAGCUUUCCUACCGCUGGUCGAAUUGCAUCACCGGGAGACCGACCUUCGACCUGCUGAGGUUAAGACCCGUGGCAUGCUGAAUGCUGGCGACAUGCAUGAGCUCUGGCGAUGUGUGGAGCUGAGCUAUGCCCCGCCUGCUGGAAUGUGGCCGCGAAGAAGACUGGCAUACUGCCUUACUACACGUCCAGAUUUCCAGGAAGCCAAGUGGCGUCAGGUCGCUCAGACCUGCGCCACUCCCUUCGCACCGAUUCCUCACGAAAGCGUCGAGCUUGUAACUUUUGUCCUAGACAAAUUUGUUGCGAUGUGA